AUGUCGCACCCGCAGACCGUUCAGUUCAACCGGCAAGAGCCGCCGCUAUUGGCGGGGUAUCUCAACAAUAACCCGUAUUCAUCUUCUCAGACGGCUCACUUCAUAGCGUCUAACUCAGUAGGACCCGCUUACAAUAACGGAGCCGCGUAUGCGUCACUCCAGCAUGGCUCGCAACCCGCGCCUGACAUGCAUUUCUUGCAUCCCAACAUGGGUUUGUCGCACCCCUCGUCCGUCCCACUCUCGUCCUCCUCUCCGUGGCCUUUUCAAAACGCACCGCCAUGUCCGCCGCAACAGCCGUUACCCCAGAACUCGCAAUAUCCGCCGUCGCCCGCGCAGCCAGCGGGCACGCCGCUUAGAAAUCUCUCCUCGUUGCCAGUGCACGCGCCAGCUGCGCACUCCAUGAAUUUUGGCCCUCGGAACGCUGCCGCUACAGUUGGUAAUGGAAACCACAUGCCGUCUGCUCACGGCGUGCAAUUGGGCGCUCCUGACGGGCCGGCUGCUUUUAACGGACAAGUGGGUCUUUCGGCGCCGGGUCCUGCGUUUAACCGUCAGGCCGUCGGAGUGUCAGGUCCCCUGGCAAACCAUCCGAUGCGGCCGCGGCAUAGCCAGGCGAGCGUGAACCAAUCAGGCGCAACCGCUCCCUUCUUCCAAGCCUCCGCCGCCGCCUGCUUGCCCGCUCCGUCCAUUCCUUCUGCUCCUUCCGCUCCUUCCGCCCGUUCCGCGCCUUCCCCUCCUUCCGCGCCUUCCGCGCCUUCCGUGUCUUCCGCGCCUUCCGCGCCAUCCGUGGGUUCUCAAUUCCACCUUGCUUUCUCGACUGCUAACGCGGUGGCCAGUCCGUCCGCCGUUGCCGCCGCGUCUGCCGUUCACUCCGGCAAUUCAGCCGCGUCACCCGCUGCUCCACCGCAGAUGUCGAACGGCGUGGGGCCUCGCAUGACUGGGCGACCCGCAGCUCCCGCUACUGCGUCCACUGCUGCGUACGCUGCUGCGUCCGUUGCCGCGUCUGCUGCUGCUCCUGCUCCCGCUCCUGCGCCCCACAGUGUGGAAUUUCGGGCGAACGUGAUUAGGAUGGUCGUUCAGGAAGGUGCGAGGAACAGAGCGGGCGCCGUCCUACACGGGUCGCGAAGUGACGGCAUGCCGGCUACAGCUGCUACAGCUGUUGCGUGCGACACUCUCGUCGCCGCCAUGUCGUCGGGUCCAGCUGCUGCCUCACUCUGCGCCCCCCCUGCCUCCCGCUCUGUCCCCCCUGCUUCCGCCCUCCGCUCGCCUUCCGUCCGCGCGCCUGUCUCCUUUUCCCAUCCACCUGCCGCCACCGUUGCGCCUGCCGCCAACCUGGCUGCCGCGGUGGCCGUUGCACCCACGACGUUGAAUGCAGCAGCCGCACCGGGCGCGCGCCUAACGCUGUGCGACGCAGACGCGCCACUCUUCCCCGACUCUCGCCUUCCCAAUCUCUCCGCUGCUGCCUCUGCGCCGUCCGUCUCCCCAUCCCCUACCACUUUCCUCUCCGCUCCCACUGUGCACCCGGCGCCCACUCCUCUCUCCGCACCCUCUCCACCCGCACGUGCUCCCCCCGCACCCACUCCCCCCGCACCAGCUUCUUUCGCAAGCCCCUCUUCUCCCGCAUCGGUUCCGGCUCACCCGCCUCCCGCCGUUCUUGCCCCCUCCGUUCCUACCCCUUCCGCUCCUAUUCCCUCCGCUCCUACCCCCUCCGCCCCUACCCCCUCCGCGCCAACCUCAUCCGCUCCUACCCCUGCCGCUUCUGCCCCCUCCUUUCCUAACCCCUCCGCUCCUACCCCAUCCGCUCCUACUCCCCCCGCCCAUACUCCUUCCGCUCCUACUUCCCCCGCUCCUACUUCUUCUGCUCCCAUCCCCCCCGCUCCUAAUGCCCCCGCUCCUACUCCCACUGCUCCUACACCCCCUGCUCCCAUUACCCCCGCCUCUACUUCCCCCGCUCCCACCCCCUCGGCUCCUACUCUCCGCGCUCCUACUUCCCCUGCCGGUGAGUCUCCCUUAGAACUCCCUCCUUCCACCGCACCGCCCCUCCCCCCCGCUCCUCCCGCCCCGCCUGUUUCACGUGGCACCGCGCGCGCUGCCAAUGCCUCCGCCAACGCGCGCUCCUCUGGGGCAAACACGCGCCCUCCCGCCUCCUCCCGCCGCCCUCCCGUCGCUGGCGGGCGCAAGCGCGCACAGGCCCCUUCCAUCGACGCAGCAGGAUUGUUAGCCAAUCAGAGAGCAGCAAGUGUACCGUCACGUGGCGCUAUGAUGGCGCUUGCAGCGGCAGCGGGAGGGGAUGCUGAAGCGGACAUGAGGGAAGUGUACUUCCUCAUUCUGCACUUUUUGACGGGCAGCCCGUGCCAUCGGGCAGCAGAAGUUCUGAAAGAGGAGCUGGAGGAGUUGAAUCUGCUUCCACAGCGGUACCACGCGGUGUACUCGCACGGGGGAAGGCGGACAGGCACAAGCAGCGCGAGUGAGGGGAGUGCACGGGGGAAGGUGGGGGUUGUGGGCGCGCAGGGGAGGGCUGGUGAAGGUGGGGGGAGGGGGGGAGGCGUGGAGGGGGAGUCAGAGAUGACUGUGUCGAUGAGCUACGAGGAGCUGAGGGACAGGUACUCGCACAUAGCACCCAACCACCUCUUCCUGCUGCUGCAAGAGUUGCUGCAGUCGGGCAAUGGGCGUGUGAUGACAUCCUCCGUGACCAGCAUGCAUGGACCAUGCCUCCGUCAUCCCUCCGUGUCCCUCCCUCACAUCCUCCUUGCGCUCCUCACCUUGUUUCUCCUCCCCACUCAACUCCUGCUCCCUUCAUCCCUCUCCUCUCCACCGUUGUUCCUUUCAUCCCUCCCCAUCCCAUUCCCUCUCCCCUUAUUCCUCCUCUUCCCACCCUUGCUCACUUGCAUCUCUCCCCUCCCCACCCCUGCGCGCUCUAUGUUCCCCCAUCUGGCCCCCAUCCGUCCCCCAACAACAGCGGAGUGGCUGCCCGCGCUCCUCAAUCCUCUGCGCACCGUUCUGCCGCACUCAGCCCAUCCGCACUUUUCCGCACCGCUCCUGCGCUCCCUCAUGCUCAGAGAGACGGGUGGAGGGGUGUGUUCGCGGGCUGCCAGGGCUGCCAAUGCUCGGGCUGCAUCACUGGCGGUGGCGUCUCCUGCGCUGCUGCUGAGCCGCAUGGAGCAGGUCAAGGUGCUGCGCGGCCACCGCAACGCUGUCUACUGCGCGGUGUACGACCAUGUGGGGAGGUACCUGAUAACGGGGUCGGACGACCGGCUGGUGAAGAUCUGGAGCAUGCACCACGGCAUCUGCCUCGCCACCUGCCGCGCACACACGGGCGACAUCACGGAUCUAGCAGUGAGUGCGGGCGACAAGUGGGUGGCAUCGGCCUCCAACGACUGCCUCAUCCGCGUGUGGGAGCUACCGAGUGGGCAUCUCGAGGUGACGCUGGUGGGCCAUGCAGACGCCGUCACCGCUGUCGCAUUCAGCCCCACCACACACCACCACCUCCUAUCGGCAUCGGAGGACGGCACGUGCCGCCUGUGGGACGUCACUGCUGCAGCGGACAGCACCUGCCUGCGCCUCUUUCUGCCCGCCUCCCACGCCACCAAGAUCCCCUUCCCCCCUGGGACGUUUGUCAACCGCAUGCAGCAGGGGGGCAGCGAGCUUGCUCCUGAGGAGCGCGCCAAGGUGCUGCCCCCCCGCGUGCUCUGUGCUGCCUUCAACGCCGAGGGCUCGCUGUUUGUCACGGGCAGCGAGGACGGGCGCACGAGGGUGUGGGAUGCACGCCUCCCUGCUCUUGCACACAAGGAACCCUCUCAGCAGCAGCAACAGCAACAGCAACAGCAACAGCAACAGCAACAGGAACAGGAACAGCAGCAGCAGCAACAGCAGCAGGAGCAGCAGCAGCAGCAACAGGAACAGCAGCAGCCGUGGGCGGCGGGGGUGGGUGUGGGGGGGCGGGAGAGAGUGGGGGUGCAGCACGAGGCGCAGGAGCUGCUGGGGCACCAGGGGUCGGUCAACUUCGUGCAGUUCAGCUCCGCAUGCACUCUCAACUGCACCAUGUCCUCUCACUACCACUCUCCGUUUGCACCUUGGCCUCUCACCACCAUUCCCCCAUCUCCACUGCUACCCCACCCGUCCCUCCACACCGUCCUCCACCUGCUUCCCAUCCCCCAAACCCAUCCGUCCUCUCCCUUUCACCCUCAUCUUCCCCGUCCUCUCCCUUUCUCCAACCCCUCCGGCACCCCCCCAACACCGCAGCACGGCCAACCGCCCGGGAGUGGAGGCGAUAGUGUCGUGUGCGCGGGACGGCACCGCCAUCAUCUGGCGUCCCCGGGCCCGCCGCGUACAUGGAAAGCACCAGCACUGGAACAAGGCGCUGCAGCUCACCGCCCCCCGCGCCCCCUGGCUGUCCCCCCGGGGGCUGCAGCAGGGCAGGGCGCAGGGGGCGGGGGGAGGGCAGGGGCGAGGGCGCGCGCCAGGGAUGCGGCAGGGGCGGCGGCGAAUAUGAUCAUCUGGUCGCUCGACCGCCAGUUGGUGCUCGCCGCCCUCACAGAUGCGCGCAUCUGUGUGUGGCAGGCGGCCACAGGCGAGCUCAUACACUGCCUCACAGCACACCACGAGCAGGCGUUUGUGCUGGACGUGCAUCCCUCGGAUCCGCGCAUUGCCAUGAGCGCGGGGUACGACGGCCGGGUUAUCGUGUGGGACAUCUGGAAGGGCCAGCCAAUCGCCAUCCGCCACGUCACCAAUUUCCAACUCGUCGACGGGCAUUUCUCUCCGGACGGCACAGGGCUGGUGGUGGCGGACGAGGUGGGGCAGGUGUAUGUGUUUGCCACGGGGGGCGAGGACCAGUGGGCGCACAUCCAAAUGGACCAGGUACCACAUCCCCCAUGCCAUGCUUCCAUGAUGCCUCUCUGUCAUGCCCCCAUACCCUUCACCAUGCCCCCAUGCCAUUCACCAUGCCCCCAUGCCAUUCACCAUGCCCCCUGUGCGUCAACUGCUUCAGUGUGGUUGCGGUUCUUCUCCCACUAUCUUUAA